GCCACAUGAAUUUCACAAUUCUUGAUUGGCACUCGCUCCCCUAGAGGAGGAGUUAACUGCAUGUCUCUUUCAGCAGGGGUGACUGCUGGUCUCUCUCUCCUGCUCCAGUAAGUGGAGGCACAAGUUCCUUCUUCACCAUCCUCAACCUCAUUUCUCAAACGGUCUGGGCUGUGUUCUGCUGCUACAGCCAUGGCACCCAAAAAGAACAAGGCCACCAAAAAAAGUAAAGGAGACAUAAAUGAAAUGGCCAUUAUGGUUGAGGACAGCCCCAUCAACAAGAUCAAUGGGUUAAACACUCUGUUAGAAGGGGGAAACGGCUUCAGCUGCAUUUCCACUGAAGUUACUGAUUCGGUGUAUGCCCCAAACCUCCUGGAGGGUUUGAGCAGCAUGAGGCAUGAGAGCUUCCUCUGUGAUCUGACAGUCUCCACCAAGUCAAAGUCAUUCGAUGUCCACAAGGUUGUCAUGGCCUCCUGCAGCGAGUACAUUCGUAACAUCUUGAAGAAGGAUUCAACCCUCCAAAAGAUCGACCUGAACGACCUCUCACCUGUGGGCCUUGCCACUUCCAUUACAUAUGCAUACUCUGGAAAGCUGACCCUGUCACUGUACAGCAUCGGCAGCACUAUUGCGGCGGCCAUGCUGCUGCAGAUCGGCACCCUGGUGAAGAUGUGUAGUGAUUUCCUUAUGCAGGAGCUCAGCGUGGAGAAUUGUAUGUAUGUGGCCAAUAUCGCUGAUGCCUACGAUCUCAAAGAAACCAAGGAGGCAUCUCAGAAGUUCAUGCGGGAGAACUUCAUUGAGUUUUCUGAGAUGGAGCAGUUCCUGAAGCUCACCUAUGAGCAGAUCAGCGAUUUUCUCUCAGAUGAUUCCCUGCAUCUCCCCUCCGAGGUCACAGCCUUUCAGAUUGCAAUGAAGUGGUUGGACUUUGACGAGAAGAGGCUGAAGUAUGCGGCAGACCUCUUAACUCUCAUCCGCUUUGGCACCAUCUCUGCCCAAGACCUGGUGAAUCAUGUCCAGAGCGUGCCUAGGAUGAUGCAAGACUCCGAGUGCCACCGUCUCCUUGUUGAUGCCAUGAAUUACCAUCUGCUGCCAUACCAACAGAACAUCCUCCAGUCACGCAGAACAAAGGUACGCGGUGGCCUCAAGGUGAUUCUCACAGUUGGUGGACGUCCUGCCUUGACAGAGAAAUCUCUCAGCAAAGAUGUUCUCUACAGAGAUGAAGAUAAUGUGUGGAAUAAGUUAACAGAAAUGCCAGCAAAGAGCUUUAACCAGUGUGUGGCAGUCUUGGAUGGCUUCCUGUAUGUGGCCGGUGGCGAGGACCAGAAUGAUGCAAGGAACCAGGCUAAACAUGCUGUUAGCAAUUUCUGCAGAUAUGAUCCUCGCUUCAACGCUUGGAUUCACUUGAGCAACAUGAUCCAGAAGCGUACCCACUUCAGCCUCAACACCUUCAAUGGUCUCUUGUUUGCUGUCGGAGGGCGAAAUACUGAUGGUGUUCAGGCCUCUGUUGAAUGCUAUGUGCCCUCCUCCAACCAGUGGCAGAUGAAAGCUCCCAUGGAGGUGCCCCGCUGCUGUCAUGGCAGCUCUGUCAUCGAUGGCAAGAUCCUUGUAUCUGGAGGUUACAUCAACAACGCCUACUCCAGGGCCGUGUGUUCGUAUGACCCCUCUACUGACACCUGGCAGGAUAAGAGCAGUCUCAGCACACCUCGAGGCUGGCACUGCGCUGCGACUGUGGGAGACCGAGCCUACGUCAUCGGUGGAAGUCAGCUGGGAGGCCGUGGGGAGAGGGUGGAUGUCCUUGUGGUCGAAUCUUUCAACCCUCAAAAUGGGCAGUGGAGCUACUGCACGCCUCUUCACACAGGAGUGAGCACAGCUGGUAUUUCCAUUUUGAACAACAAGGUCUAUCUCCUUGGAGGCUGGAACGAGGGCGAGAAGAAGUACAAGAAAUGCAUUCAGGUUUUCAACCCCGACCUCAAUGAAUGGACUGAGGAUGAUGAAUUGCCGGAAGCAACAGUCGGUAUUUCAUGCUGUGUCGUCAACAUACCCACAAGGAAAACACGAGAGUCCCGAGCCAGUUCAGUUUCAUCUGCACCAGUCAGUAUAUAAGGGUUUAAUUGAUAGUACUUUUGUAGUUUACGUGUCUAAAGGUCUCCAGCUUGUCUGUUGCAUAAAGCUUGGUUCUCUCUACCAACAGCUGCUUUAUUGUGACUAAGAUUGUAAGUUUUAAUGGUCAUCAACUUUCUUUAGAUGAGCAAAAGUGAGCAAAAUGCAAAAAUUUAAGCUAGUGAUGUCAAGGAGAAUGGCGAAACUUAACAUUUCAUUUUCAAUAAUUAUAGUUUCAUAAUUAGUAUAUUUUGCACCCUUAAGGUCUGAUAAUAUGAAAGAGACGAACUGUGCAUCGCCAUAUGUGUCAGUUUUAGUAUUUUUAGAAAGAAAUGUUCUUUUGGGGCCAAUUCAGUUGAGAUAAUUUCGUUAGCCCUUUUUUUAGAGCAAAUAUAAUUGAUCUGAAAGGCAUAAAAUACAAAUUAGUGUUGAAAUUAAUCUGUGAAAGAACUAUAUCUUUAACCCAGUAUCAUGGAAAUUAUAACACUGGAUUUUGUGACAGUUCAGGUUUUGGUGACUACAGCUACUGUGAUUCUCAGAUACUUGAACAGAACGAUGAGCGUCGGAAAGCUGGAGCUGUGUUGGCAUCACCUGCCAGGAGUAGGUGCUUGAGAUUAGCGUUCAAACAUACCACACAGUAUUCAGUAGUCUUGUGUCGUAUGUCGUGUGAUCAUCACAAACACCAUCAGUGAAAAGAAAAAAGAUUCUCACGGGGGAAAAUGUUGUAAUGAUGAGGGGUUGAAUGGAUAUGGAUGCGGCUGUAAUAAACUCUUUUGUAAAAAAGUAAAAGAAAAAUGAUGUUGUCAGCCUGAGCUCUCCUGGAAGUCAGUACACAUGAAUUCCCUGACUGCUCAUGUGUUUUCAUUUUUUGUUUGUUAUUAAAUUAAAUUUUAAAUUAAAGAGAUGAAGUGUAAGCUA